AGCCGGUCGUCAGCUGAUGUCGUUCGAAUAUCGUUCAACUUCGGUCGUGCCAACCAGGUCGUCAGCAUCUCAGACUUGCCUCCGUGAUUCCUCUUUGCUUUUUUUCAAUUGGACGGAGCGGAAGCGCACUCAGCGGACAGCGCAUUCGGCCCGCCUCGCCGAAAAGAGAGGGAAAACAAUCCUGUAUAUAUCAUCAUCGUCAUCGCAGACGUUUACCCCUAUGCAUCCCUCGACCUCGUCUCGGACAUCACAACUCAGACCAUAAUUAGUACCUGAACACCUCAUCUACCUCGGACACAUCAGUGAUCACCACCUCAAUCAGGAUUCUGCCGCGAUGGAAUCUCCCACUCUCGAGCAAAGCAACAGCAAGAAACAGUACGAUGAGCCUAGCAACUCGUUCGCCCAGGAUGCCAAACUCGCCACCGACAAGGAACAGUCGAUGACGCUGAUGCAGGGUAUCCGCCUAUACCCUAAAGCUAUCGGAUGGAGUAUCGUCAUCUCGACAUGUAUCGCAAUGGAGGGUUACGAUCUGUGUCUGUUGGGCAACUUUUACGGAUUCCCUCAAUUCAACGAAAAGUUUGGUGAGCUGGGUCCGGAUGGGACGUACCAAGUCCCAGCACGAUGGCAAGCCGGUCUGAGUAACGCCGCCAACUGUGGCGAGAUCAUCGGUCUCUUCAUCAACGGUCUCGUCGCCGAACGAUUCGGAUACAAGAACACCAUGCUCGCCUGUCUCAUCUCGAUGAUCGGCUUGAUCUUCAUCCCGGUGUUCGCCACGAGCGGGUCUUUGAUCCAGCUCUUGUUCUACUACUUGAUCGCUGGUAUUCCUUGGGGUAUCUGGCAGACUUUGACGAUCACCUAUGCUUCCGAGGUCUGCCCUAUCGCUUUGCGAGGUUACCUGACCACCUACGUCAACUUCUGCUGGGGUAUCGGUCAAGUCAUCGGAGUCGGGGUCAUCAAAUCGCAACUCAACAACAAGACCGAGUGGGCCUACCGUCUCCCCUGGGCUUUGCAGUGGAUGUGGCUCCCCUUCCUGAUCACCGGUGUGGCGUUGGCUCCCGAGUCUCCCUGGUUGUUGGUCCGAAAGGGUCGAAUGGAGGACGCUAGGAAAAACUUGCUCCGCUUGACCAGUCUGAACCGUGAGACCGGGUUCGAUGCCGAUGAGACCUUGGCCAUGAUGGCCCACACCACCGCCAUGGAGGCUCAGAUGACCACCGGCUCGUCCUACAAGCAAUGUUUCACCGGUAUCAACCGUCGUCGAACCGAAAUCGUCUGCAUGGUCUGGGCGAUCCAAAACCUAGCCGGAAACUCGUUUACCGGGUACAGCAACUAUUUCCUUCAACAAGGAGGACUGCCCGCCUCCUCCGCCCUCUCGUUCGUCCUCGGUCAAUACGGAAUCAACUGUGUCGGCGUCUUUGGAGCCUGGGCCUUGAUGUCUUGGGGAUUCGGUCGAAGAUCGCUCUACCUCUACGGUCAAUGCGGACUCUGCGUCAUGCUCUGUAUCAUGGGCUGCAUGUACUUUGUCCGUGACAAGCACCCCGAGGCCGCCGCGUUGGCUACGGGGGGGAUGAUGCUCGGCUGGGCGACCGUCUACCAACUCACCGUCGGUACGAUCUGCUACUCGAUCGUCGGUGAGAUCCCCUCCCGACAACUCCUCGUCAAGACGAUCGCCCUCGGCCGAAACGCGUACAACGUCGUCGGGAUCGUCUGCAGCGUCUUGACUCCUUACAUGGUCAACCCGACCGCUUGGAACUGGCAACAACUCACCGCGUUCUUCUGGGCUGGGAUCUGUUUCUGUUGCAUUGUCUACACGUUCUUCCGGAUCCCGGAGACCAAGGGACGAUCGUUUGCCGAGUUGGACCUCUUGUUCGAACACCGCGUCUCUGCCAGGCGAUUCGCUUCGACCGACCUCGACGUCUUUGACACCACCGAAGCCAAGGCCGCCGCUCGUGCCGUCGAGAUGGGUGAAGACAAGGACCUCCCGGUUCACGUCGAAAAGACGGCGAGGGUGUGCUGAGUCUCGUCUUUCCGUGAAAUCCGGCGCCAGCAUUGUCGGAACGUGCGCUGGUCAUUGUGCAAAUUUAGGAAAUGUAUUAUAGUAGUGCCUUCAGGUUCAGGCUACUUCGACUUUUGUCAAAUCAUCUAUACGUACAUCUAGGUUGUGCUCCUAUUCAAUAAUCUCGAUCAUCUACA